CGCGAGAGAGUUUGUGUGUGAGAGACUGGAGGGGGCGGGGGUGCAUCUGCUGCUGCCGCUCCCGGGCACAGGGGACUGGCAGUGCAGGGACUGGGGCUGCUGCUGCUGCUGUGCCCGCGCCGCGGGAGCGCGCCCUGCUGCACCUGGCCCCAGCCUCUCUGGGAUGUGCAGAAAACGCGUCCUGAACUCCGCGACUUCUCCCCGUCUCCAGCAGUGCGUGUGAGUCUCUCUCCCACACGCAGCAGAUCCACUCACUCUAGGGUCUCCUGCGCGGGGCUGAGCCGCCCUGUGUGCCUGGCUGCUGAACAGCGAAACCCGACCCGCUGCCCCCGCCUCACCCCUCCUGCUUUUCAGGAUGCCCGGAGACAACAAAGAAUAGGUGCACCUUCAAAAAAAAAGUCAACAAGUUGCAUACCAUUGCAGCAGAGAUGUCUGAUUUUCCCAUCUGCAUAUCUGGAAUCGCUUUAUCACUUGGUUAGUCUCAUUAGUAAGCACUGAAGACUUCUGGGUAUUGAAGACAGAUGAAUUAAAUCCUCUUUGAAUGUUCAUGAUCUAAGGUAGAUGUAUUGGAUUCUCUGGAUGUGCAUAAGGACACGAAGACUGAAGAAGUCCUGAAGAUUGAUGGAGGGCCAUGCUAUUCAAACAGCAGGCGUUGCUGAGACAGAAGCUCUUUGUGCUAGGCAGCCUUGCUAUUGGAAGUCUCCUAUAUCUAGUUGCCAGAGUUGGGAGCUUGGAUAGGCUGCAGCCCAUUUGUCCCGUUGAUGGUCGAUUUCGACCCCAUGGCCAAGACGAGAUCCCAUUCCGAGCUCUGCAGUUCAAACGUGGGCUGCUCCAUGAGUUCCGUAAGGGCAACGCCACUAAAGAGCAAAUCCGGCUUCACAAUUUGGUUCAGCAGCUCCCUAAGGCCAUUAUAAUUGGGGUGAGGAAAGGAGGCACCCGUGCACUGCUUGAGAUGCUGAACCUCCAUCCUGCAGUGGUCAAAGCUUCUCAAGAAAUUCACUUCUUUGAUAAUGACGAGAACUAUGCCAAGGGUAUUGAAUGGUACAGGAAAAAAAUGCCUUUUUCUUACCCUCAUCAAAUAACAAUUGAGAAAAGCCCUGCAUAUUUUAUCACAGAGGAAGUACCUGAAAGGAUUUAUAAAAUGAACUCAUCCAUCAAAUUACUGAUCAUUGUCAGGGAACCCACAACAAGAGCUAUUUCUGAUUACACUCAGGUGCUGGAGGGGAAGGAAAGAAAGAAUAAAACCUACUACAAAUUUGAGAAGCUGGCUAUUGAUCCUAAUACCUGCGAAGUGAACACUAAGUAUAAGGCAGUGAGAACCAGCAUCUACACAAAACAUCUGGAGAGAUGGUUAAAAUACUUUCCAAUCGAGCAGUUUCAUAUUGUAGAUGGAGAUCGGCUCAUUACAGAACCACUGCCAGAACUGCAGCUGGUGGAGAAGUUCCUAAAUCUUCCUCCAAGGAUAAGUCAGUACAAUUUAUACUUCAAUGCCACCAGAGGGUUUUACUGCUUGCGAUUUAACAUUGUCUUUAACAAGUGCCUGGCGGGUAGCAAGGGACGCAUUCAUCCAGAGGUGGAUUCCUCUGUCAUUACCAAAUUGCGCAAAUUCUUUCACCCUUUUAAUCAAAAAUUUUACCAGAUCACUGGGAGGACAUUUAACUGGCCCUAAACUAAAUUUCAUACGACACUAUGUGUUGCACCUGGAGACAAGCAGCAAUGUCUCUUCUAGAGUAAAAAUAUGCACUUUUCAUAGACACAACUAUCAAACUAACUUUUUUUCAUGCAUACGUGUACAUAUGCAGUGUGUGACCAAAUAUAAGGUGGGAUCAAUUUUUCUACAGAGUAGUAACUAACAUAACUUUACUCUCUACAUAGUUGCAUCAUUUUAAGCUAUACAAAUAAAGGACAAGGUAGUAUUUAGGGGAAUAAAUUCAGAUACUGUGCAAAAGGGUCAGUGUUCCUCUUGCUCAAUAAAAUUUCUUAUGUGACACAUUUAUAGACCCAGACAGAAUGUUAGUUUAGAACAUGCAAAUUCACCUUGGAAUUGUGUGUAGCUGUGAGGGUAUAUUGGAAAGUAUAACGUUCAGGCUAUAUUAAGUAUGCACCUUGCUAAAGGAAUACUGACACUUUAAAUACAAUGAUGAAUUGUUACAGUGAAACUGAAUAAUACUAUUUUCUUAUUAUUUGAAAAGAAUAUCCUAUCUCGUACAAACAAAAUUGGUUCAAAGUUCCUGUGGUGAGUUUGCACUAUUGUUUUAUUGUAUGGACCAUAGUGUCACUUGUAGCAUGUCAAUCAUGUGUCAAAAAAAUCAAAUAAUUUUUUCUUCUAUGCUUGUGUGUCAACAAAGAGAAACAUGUAUAUAGUGUAUAUUGUUUGUAAAUACUGGUUUCACACUAAGUAAUUCUAUUUUGUAAACUGAAUAUGGCGAUUUAAUUUAUUGUGAAAAUUAAAUUUAUUGUGGUAUUUAAAAAUGGAAUGGAUUAAAAUUACUAUAUGUGCAAC